GCUCUACAGCAGAAUAUGCAGGCGACGCUCGGAGCAGACGUCACUCUCCAGUGUCAGAUUACUACAGAUGAAAGAAUCUCAGUGCUAAAGUGGAGCAGACCUGACCUGAACACAGACGGCUACGUCUACUUCUACAGGAACAAACGCUCCUAUGAAAAUUACCAACAUCCAUCUUUUCAUGGCCGAGUGAAGCUGAGGGAUCCGGAAAUGAAGGAUGGAGAUGUUUCUGUGAUUCUGAAGAACGUCACGUUUAAUGACACUGGGAUGUAUGAGUGUCACAUAGCUGUGAGGAACCCUGUGAGAAGUAAAAGAGCUCACACUGAGAUCAGUCACUUCAUUGAGCUCACAGUCACAGGUGAAGUGCAUGAAAACAUGUUGGAGAAGCACAUCAUGGAAGGAGAAGAUGCUGAUGGAAACACUGAGGUUGAACAGGUUGAAGCACAGACUAUCCUGAUUGUUGCUGCUGUUGCUGCUGUUGCUGUUGUCAUUGCUGUUGUCAUUUCUGUUGCUGUUGGUUUGUUAGUGUUGCUCCUUAAGAGAAAUAAGAAGCAGCGUCACAUCCUACUGAGGAAGAAUCAGUUCUGCUGA